AUGUCAUUGACUUUAAAAUCUCGUAUAACAUUAAAUGAUGGUCAUUCAAUGCCAAUAUUUGGUUUAGGAUUGUAUCAAGCAGAAUCAUCAUCAAAAACAAUUCAAAUUAUUACUGAUGCAAUCAAACUUGGUUAUCCAAUGAUUGAUACAGCUGAAAUAUAUAAAAAUGAAUCUCAAUUUGGUGAAGCUGUGAAGAAAGGUAUCAAACGUGAAGAAAUAUUUCUUACAACAAAACUCUUUACUACUGAAGGUGGAUGUGAAGGUUGUCAAAAAUCAUUUAAAAAUUCACUUGAACAACUUGCUACAGAUUAUGUUGAUUUAUAUCUUUUACAUGCACCACAAGGUGGUCAUGUGAUUGAAGUUUAUAAAGAAAUAGUAAAAUUACAAAAGGAAGGAAAAAUUCGUUCAAUUGGUGUAUCAAAUUUUGGUGUUGAACAUUUAGAAUGGUUAAAACAAGCUGGAUUUGUUCCAGCUGUUAAUCAAAUUGAAUUACAUCCUUGGUGGCAAAAUGAAGAUAUUGUUAAUUAUUGUCGAACAAAUAAUAUUGCUAUUGAAGGUUAUUCACCAUUAGGUAAAUCACGUUUUCUUGAUGAUCCAUAUUUAAUUAAAGUAAGUCAAAAAUAUAAUAAAACACCUGCACAAAUUCUUAUUCGUUGGUCAUUACAAAAUGGUUUUAUUACAAUACCAAAAACAACAUCAGGAAUAGAACGACUUAAAGAAAAUAUGGAUGUUUUUGAUUUUAAAUUAUCGGAUGAGGAUAUGAAAGAUAUAGCAGAUUAUGGUAAAAAAAAUCCACAAAAUACAGGAUGGGAACCAACAAAGAAUGGUAAAGAUAAAUUUGGACCAAUUUAA